AUGGUGGUGGCAUUCCUGCUGGGGCUCAGCUGGCUGUGCUCUCCCUCGGCAGCCCUGGUUCUUGACUCCAACAUCAUCAAGAGCUCUGCAGAGGUACAGGCCACAAGGAAGGGUUCGCAGUGCUCGAUAGACAAAGAUUGCAGCGUUAGACAAUUCUGCCUUAAACCCCGAGAUGAACCGGCAUUCUGUGCUACCUGUCGUGGGAUGAGGAGAAGAUGCCACCGUAAUUCCAUGUGCUGCCCAGGGACGGUCUGUGUCAAUGAUGUAUGUACACUGGCCGAAGAGACAAUCCCGCUUUUGGAGAGAAGGCUGGACGACCAAGACGGGCUGAUUUUAAAAGUGACAACUCAGCAUCCAAUACAAGAGAACAGACCUAAGAAAAAGUCAAAUCCCAACAAACCUCAAGGCAGCAAAGGGCAAGAAGGAGAAAGCUGCCUCCGCACUUUUGACUGUGGCCCCGGCCUGUGCUGCGCUCGCCAUUUCUGGACGAAAAUCUGUAAGCCAGUUCUCACGGAGGGGCAGGUCUGCUCUCGGAGGGGCCACAAAGACGUUCAAGGUCCAGAAAUCUUCCAGCGGUGUGACUGUGGCCCUGGUUUAUCUUGUCGAAAUCAGAGCACUGGGACGCCGCAUCAAACACGGUUGAGAGUCUGUCAAAAAAUCUAA